UAUUCUCGCGAGAUAAAUCAAAUGAGCAGAACGGAAGCCGCCGGUGACCAGUUUUAAGUCAGCGUGCUCGUUUGAACAAGAACCGCUGCGAGGGACAACAAGGCAGGAGAGCGGCCCAGCAUUCAUUUUCCAACGUGAAAGGCAAUAUUGAUGGAGUGGCAGCCAGAUGAGCAGGGACUUCAGCAGGUCCUCCAGCUGCUCAAGGACUCGCAGUCGCCCGACACAGCAACACAGAGAGCCGUCCAACAAAAACUUGAACAACUGAACCAGUUCCCUGACUUCAACAACUAUCUCAUCUUUGUCCUUACGAGACUCAAAACAGAAGACGAGCCAACCCGCUCCCUAAGUGGUCUGAUCCUGAAAAACAAUGUUAAGGCCCAUUACCAGAACUUCCCGCCAACUGUCGCAGACUUCAUAAAGCAGGAAUGUGUCAACAACAUUGGCGACCCCUCGCCACUCAUCCGUGCCACAAUUGGCAUCCUGAUUACAACUAUUUCAUCCAAGGGAGAACUACAGUCAUGGCCUGAUUUGCUGCCUCAGCUCUGCAACCUUCUCAACUCCGAGGAUUACAACACAUGCGAGGGCUCGUUUGGAGCACUGCAGAAGAUAUGUGAGGACUCGUCCGAGCUGCUGGACAGCGACGCUCUGAACAGACCACUCAAUAUCAUGAUACCCAAAUUCCUUCAGUUCUUCAAGCACUGCAACUCAAAAAUUAGGUCCCACGCCAUUGCCUGUGUGAACCAAUUCAUCAUCGGCAGAGCCCAGGCGCUAAUGGAUAACAUUGACACCUUCAUAGAGAGCCUCUUUGUGCUGGCAGCAGACGAGGACUCUGAAGUCCGAAAGAAUGUUUGCCGUGCUUUAGUCAUGCUUCUGGAGGUCCGCAUUGACCGGCUCAUCCCCCACAUGCACAGCAUCAUCCAGUACAUGCUGCAGCGGACCCAGGACCCAGAUGAGAAUGUAGCUCUCGAAGCCUGUGAAUUUUGGUUGACUCUUGCGGAGCAGCCCAUCUGCAAGGAAAUGCUCUCAGGGCACUUGAUGCAACUGAUCCCCAUCUUGGUAAACGGGAUGAAGUAUUCAGAGAUAGACAUCAUACUGUUGAAGGGAGAUGUCGAGGAAGAUGAAGCUGUACCAGACAGCGAUCAGGACAUCAAGCCUCGUUUCCACAAGUCACGCACUGUCACGUUGCAGCACGAAGGUUUAGAGGGAGGGGACAACGAGGACAUCGACGAUGACGACGAUGAUGAUGACGAUGACACAUUGUCUGACUGGAAUUUGCGAAAGUGUUCAGCAGCCGCUUUGGACGUACUUGCCAACGUAUUUCGUGAUGAGCUCUUGCCCCAUCUGCUGCCACUUCUGAAAGGCCUGCUUUUUCAUCCUGACUGGGUUGUCAAAGAGUCCGGCAUCCUUGUAUUAGGGGCGAUUGCUGAGGGCUGCAUGCAAGGCAUGGUUCAAUACUUGCCAGAGCUCAUCCCCCACCUCAUCCAAUGUCUGUGUGACAAGAAGGCCCUGGUGCGCUCUAUUGCCUGCUGGACCCUAAGUCGUUAUGCACAUUGGGUGGUCUCCCAGCCCCCUGACUCCUACCUCAAGCCUCUGAUGACUGAGCUUCUCAAACGCAUUCUGGAUGGCAAUAAAAGGGUGCAAGAAGCUGCAUGCAGUGCAUUUGCCACCUUGGAGGAGGAGGCGUGCACAGAGCUUGUUCCAUAUUUGAGCUUCAUCUUGGACACUCUGGUCUUUGCCUUUGGAAAGUACCAGCACAAGAACCUCCUCAUCCUGUACGAUGCCAUUGGAACGCUGGCGGACUCAGUGGGUCACCACCUAAAUCAACCUGAGUACAUUCAGAAGUUGAUGCCUCCUCUUAUUGCAAAGUGGAAUGAGCUGAAGGAUGAAGACAAGGAUCUCUUUCCUCUUUUGGAGUGUCUGUCUUCAGUGGCCACUGCACUGCAGAGUGGGUUCUUGCCUUACUGUGAGCCAGUCUACCAGCGCUGUGUCACACUAGUCCAGAAGACAUUAGCUCAGGCUAUGAUGUUCAGCCAGCAUCCGGAGCAAUACGAGGCUCCUGACAAGGAUUUUAUGAUUGUGGCCCUAGACUUGCUCAGUGGUCUUGCUGAGGGUUUGGGUAGUCAUGUGGAGCAGCUUGUGGCCCGGUCCAAUAUCAUGACGCUGCUUUUCCAGUGCAUGCAGGACACUAUGCCCGAAGUGAGGCAAAGCUCCUUUGCUCUGUUAGGAGAUUUAACUAAGGUCUGCUUCCUCCACGUUAAACCCUGCAUCGCUGAGUUCAUGCCCAUUCUGGGACUUAAUUUGAACCCAGAGUUUAUCUCCGUAUGUAACAAUGCCACCUGGGCCAUUGGGGAAAUCGCUAUGCAAAUGGGUGCAGAGAUGCAGCCUUAUGUAGGAGUGGUAUUGCCACACUUGGUGGAGAUCAUCAAUAGACCCAACACACCCAAAACUCUGCUGGAAAACACAGCCAUUACAAUAGGCAGACUGGGCUACGUAUGUCCUCAGGAAGUCGCGCCACAGCUUCAGCAUUUCAUUAGGCCUUGGUGUACAUCGCUGAGGAACAUCAGGGAUAAUGAAGAGAAAGAUUCAGCUUUCCGCGGAAUCUGCGUGAUGAUCGGUGUCAACCCAGCCGGUGUUGUGCAGGACUUCAUUUUCUUUUGUGAUGCUGUGGCAUCCUGGGUCAGCCCUAAAGAUGACCUGAGAGACAUGUUUUAUAAGAUCCUGCAUGGCUUCAAGGACCAGGUCGGCCAAGAGAACUGGCAGCAGUUCUCUGAACAGUUCCCUCCUUUGUUGAAGGAGCGCUUGUCGGCAUGCUAUGGCGUUUAGCGCAAGUCCACAACAGACCUGUACGGUAACCAUAGGGGAGGGUCACUGGGGAACUCAUUCACUGCCCAGCGUAGCGGGAGAAACCAUGCAGAGGCAACGUGACGGGCCUCCACUUGGCAAAGGGUCUUCUUCUCCCCCCUUUCCCUGUGCCCUGUGUCUGUGAGGGAGGGUGGGAGAAGGGAGGGUAAACUUAGGGAUAUAUGUAUACCUCUUGGAUUUAUAACGCCUCGCACAAAUCCAACACGCUCAAAAGUGACUUUAACAAAAAGCACCGCAGGGAUUCUAGUCGGGUGGGGGCUGGCUUUGACCUCCCCCUUCCUCAGUUGAAAUUACUUAAAGGUAGCUGGCAGGGGAGGGGGGUGUCACAUAGGUACAUAUAAAUGAAUUAUCUGAACCAGCAUAGGGUGCCAUAGUCCCAAAUCUCAAUGCACAUAAACAAGUGUAUGGACGGACGCGCAUACAUCAUCAGUGUGUUUAAAAGAAAACGUCUAACGUUAGUUAGCUUUACAAGUCACCUCUUGGCUUUUGCCAGAGGCUAAACAAAACCAAGAUGCUUUUACUAUGUAAUAAUACAGGAAAAUGUGCACAAAUAUUUGCACCUUUUUACAGGAAAUGAUGCAUAAACCUCUUGGGUGUGCAUACACUUUGGGGCUUUAUCUCUUCUCAUUGUUGUACAUUGAUGCUGAGUUUUGAUCUGAUAGCCUCAUAAAGUGAUGCAUGUAGGAAAAGAAUCGCUGAUUGUUAUAUCGUCAUAAUAGAGGAAGGCUGCUGUAACGUGGAGCAGUCAGCUGCUUAUGUUCGUACGUAUUCAUCUUAUUGUUCAGCCAUGGUUGUGUGAAAACCAGUUAUAGUUUGAUGAAUACUUCAUUAAAGAGCUGAAAUGCUGUAGGCAGGCUGGGUAUUUGCUUUCAAAACAAUGUAAUGAGAGAGAUAAGCUGUCGAAAAUAACUAGGUUCUUACUGGUAUGAAUGCACUUUUUUUUUGUAAGAAAUGUAUUUUAAACCACAUACUUGAGGGUUUCCAGAUAAGGGAUUCUAUGCCCAUCAGUGAAUUGUUAAAGGUAAUGUUAAGCAAUGACUAGAUAAUACUUGAGGCUUCUUAACAUAGUAAUAACUUGGCAUGUGCUUAAAAUGAAGAUUGAAGAGGAGACGUUCAGUAUUUUGCAUCCAUGUUCCAGUGCAACUCCCUCCCCAUUCUAUUUUUUUAAGCAGUCAUUACAGUAAUAUUGUAAACCAUGCAUGCGUUCCAAGUGAGUGUUGAUCCUUUUUAAGACAUUUUAUGUGUUCCUUUUUGUAGGGACAUAAAUAGCUUGGUCAAUGGCAAUAUGACUUCAUGCUGCACUAAAUGGGCGAGUGCUCCAGCUUCUGAUCAAAACUAGUGAUUGGUCUGUCCGCCCCCAAACAACUUUUGACACUGUAGAUCAGGUCCAGAAAAUACACUGAUCUGAAUAGUUGUGUUCCACAUGUGAUAGCUGGAGAGGGUAAACUUAACUUGGCGUCUCGACAUUGUCUAUAAUGGAUGAUGGUCUUGGAAAUGUAGCUAUGGCUGUUAGCCCCUGGGUGUGUCACGAUAAAGGGGUUGUAUGUAUGAAAGUAAAGCUUAGAUGUUUUGCACCAGCCCACACCCUAAAGUUAUGCGCCGGGCAUAGUGGGGGAGGGGGGAGGGGGCACCGCCAAUAUCAACAAUAUGGUGUUCAAAACUUCUGAUAGGAAAGUCCAAAUUCACCAUGCUUCUGAGUAUUGACUAUCUCCAUGAAUUUAGUCUUAAGAAUUACACUUUUUUUCCUACCAAGUUUUAUAUGAACACAAAUAAAUUGAUUAUUUUUAAGCUGCUAAGAGAUACGAUUGACAUCACUUUUUGAUUUGUUAGAACGAGCAUGCGGCAGGAAGAAAGGAAUUUAAUUUUGAUGCUUAUAAUUUAUUUUAGGUUUUUUUUUUUACUUAGUUUUUUGUGCGAUCUGUGCACAAAUGUUUUUUUGGACUUUAAAAGUUUUUUUGUUUUAUUCUUUUCAUUUAAAGAAAUUAUUUUUCAUUUUAGUGUUAAACAUUUGAAUUACAUCAAAUUUUGAUGUUGUAGUUGACUGAAAGAGUCUGUGCUUGGUGCAUACCAUUUAAGGGGAAAAAACUAACCGAUUCAUUCACUCUGUAUUCUGAUAUCAAGCCUGGCAAGUGGAUUUCAUCUACCCUCAUUUGCUUAACUAUGGUGCAAGGUGGGAUGUUAGCUGAUGUAGUCCUUUCUAUUUAAUUUUGUUUAAAGGGGAAAAUAAAAGUUUUCUAUCGAGUUGA